GAGGGGGCGGGGCUAACUCCCCGCCGCAGCCAACGGCCUGACCCAACCGCAGGCGGGCUGCGGCCUCCGCGCGUCCGGGACUGGCCUUCCUACCUGCUCUUCUCGGUGUCUUGGGUCUGUCAGCCCCGCUGCCGGCCUCUCGAGGUCUCUGUCGGCCUGCUUCUUUACUUUUCGUGGUUUGUGUCCGCGUCCGCAGUCCCUCUCCUGUCUCUCCAGCGUUGGUCAUUCUCCCGGGCUUCAGUGUACGAGACGUGAGGGCUUGACCCCGCGCCCAGACCUACCCCAAGAGAGAUGGAGGAGCCGGGGUCCCGCGCAGAGGUCAUGGAAGAAAUGACAUCGUGCUCCUUCAACAGCCCUCUGUUCCAGCAGGAGGACAAGAGGGGGAUCACCUACCGGAUCCCAGCCUUGCUCUAUGUGCCCCCUACCCAGACCUUCCUGGCCUUUGCAGAGAAGCGCUCCUCGAGCAGGGAUGAGGAUGCUCUCCACCUGGUGCUGAGGCGAGGGUUGAGGACUGGGCACUCAGUACAGUGGGAACCCCUGAAGCCCCUGAUGGAAGCCACAUUACCUGGGCAUCGGACCAUGAACCCCUGUCCUGUGUGGGAGCGGAAGAGUGGCCGUGUGUACCUAUUCUUCAUUUGUGUGCGGGGCCAUGUCACUGAGCGUCAACAGAUUGUGUCAGGCAGGAAUGCUGCCCGCCUCUGCUUCAUCUGCAGUCAGGAUGCUGGCUAUUCAUGGAGCGAGGUGAGGGACCUGACCGAGGAGGUCAUUGGCCCAGAGGUGGAACAUUGGGCCACGUUUGCUGUGGGCCCAGGUCAUGGCAUCCAGCUGCAGUCGGGGAGGCUGAUCAUCCCUGCAUACGCCUACUACAUCCCUUACCGGUUCUUUUGCUUUCGGCUACCAUAUAAAGCCAGGCCUCAUUCCCUGAUGAUCUAUAGUGAUGACCUAGGAGCCACAUGGCACCAUGGCAGGCUUAUUAAGACCAUGGUGACAGUGGAGUGCGAAGUGGCAGAGGUAACCGGGAAGGCUGGCCAUGCUGUGCUGUAUUGCAGUGCCCGGACACCAAACAGGUGCCGGGCGGAGGCUCUCAGCACCGACCAUGGUGAAUGCUUUCAGAAACCAGCUCUGAGCCAACAGCUCUGUGAGCCCCCUCAUGGCUGCCAAGGCAGUGUGGUGAGUUUCCGGUCCCUGGAGAUCCCAAAUGGGUGCCAGCACCCUGCUGGCAAAGAUGCUCCUACCAUUCAGCAGAGCCAUCUGCUGGAGAGCUCACUGAGGCUAGAGCCAGAAGCUAGAACCCUGUCAGAAUCAUGGCUCUUGUACUCACACCCAACCAAUAAGAAACGGAGGGUCGACCUUGGCAUCUACCUCAACCAGAGCCCGUUGGAGGCUGCCUGCUGGUCCCGUCCCUGGAUCUUGCACUGCGGGCCCUGUGGCUACUCUGAUUUGGCUGCUCUAGAGAAGGAGGGCUUGUUUGGGUGUUUGUUUGAAUGUGGGACCAAGCGGGAGUGUGAGCAGAUUGCCUUCCGCCUGUUUACAGACCGAGAGAUCCUGAGCCACGUGCAAGGGGACUGCACCAACCCUGGUAGGAGCUCUGAGCCAGCUCAGAACUAAUUGGCUUAGGACCCAACUUUCCAUAGAAGGGCUACCAUAGGAGGCAACCACAGCCAGGACAGUGGAGGCCAGGAUAACAGAGGUUACUGAAGUCUGCAGAGAAUCCAAAAUCGUAAUAUUCUGCUCCCUGCCUUUUUUCACUUCUCCAAAGAGCAAAAUGAAAAUUUUGCCAUAGCUACUGCAGUCGAAAGGGCACUGAAGUGUGAGUUGAGAGACCAUGGUGUAGUCCUGGCUUUUCCACUGGCUUGCUUUGGGACCUUGGGCAUGUCACCUGUACUCUCUGGGCCUCAGGUCUCCAUCUGUAAAAUGAGAGGAUUGGGCCUGUGAUUUCCCUUCUUCCCAUCCCUAGGAAAGGCAGAGUGCCUGCAUGCUCCCUGAUCAGCAAGUCCUGGCUGCAUAUAGGACUCUUAUCUCAAAAUGGAAGUCAGAGGACUCAGCUUUUCAAAUGACUCUCCACUCAUCCACGUACGAGGUUACAAGCAGGUGUCAUGGCACAAAGGAAGAUGUGGGUGGGUUGUUCUGUUUUUAAUAACAAAACACACACAUCCUUCUAAUCGUGCUCAGAGCGCUACAGGCUCACUGUUCUAGAGGAAUUGGGCAAAAUAGUAGGAUCAUGGGGUCACUUACCUUCUCCAGCUUUGCAGCUCUACUCAACCUUCCCUUAUCCAGAAAGCAUUAUCUCCUAGGGAGAAAGUGAGAAGCUCAAUGUCAGUGGGCCUUGAUGAUGGUACUUAUUGUUUCUGAUGGCAUGACUCCUAUGAAAGAUCAACUUGAAGUUCAUUUAUUAGGAUCGUUCUUAAUGGGAAAUGGACAUGGGUUAGGACUUUAAAGCAUUGGACAAAACUUCCCCCAGUCUCUGCCCUCAAGGAGUUCACAGUUUAUGGGGCUAGAAGAGGGAGAAAAGUCAAGAAAACAAAUGCAGCUGGUAGGGUAGUGUGUAGAUGUUGGGCUCUAACUUGGGGUGAUGGUAGCUCCUGAUGUCAUUGUGCCCGGAGCCAUCUGCCCCAGAGCUUGCCCAGGCUGCUGGGCUUCUCAGUUUGUUUUUCUCAGAAUGUUGUCCUGGCCCAGCCGCUCCUUUACCCACGGAGAAGGUCUUCACCAUUAGGAAGGUCUCUGGACUCCCAAAGCUCUGAAUCAGGCGUAUUUGUUCGGACCUACUGAAAUCCCUGUUGGGGAAGUAGGGAUGCCUCUUUGUCUAAUAGAUUUGGGGCCGAACUUGGCCAGUGCUGGUUCUCUCAGAUGAAAGCAGAUGGUCGCUCUUACUUUUGAUUGUUUCCCCCAUGAGCCUGUUACUGUGACAGAUAUUCUCUCAUGAGAGAUAUCUUUUUUGUCCCUAUUUGGGCGGAUAAUGCCUUAAACAGGCAUCAGGUAAAUAUAUUUCGUGCUGAGUAAUGACCCUGGGGAGCAAGUCUUAGUCGUGGAACACAGCCUAGGAGGCUGGGGGUUGCAGUCCUACCAGUCAGAUGGCAGGGAGUCCUACAGGAUGGAAGUAGAGAUUAACUUCACCUACUUCAGCGUAUGGCUUAAGCCCAGGGCUUAGAGGGGCUUUUAAAAAUCCCCUUAGCCUCUCAUACAUUUGCUAAAGUUAUCUUCCCAAUACACAGUUAUGAUCAUUCAUUCACUCAUUUAUACAUUUAUCUAAAUAUUUCUAUAACUGAGUGUCUAGGCAUGAUGUGAGAUACUUUCUAUUGCCAUUCCCUGGUUGAAAAUCAUGUCUGGCUCCUAAUUGCCUACUAAAGGGUGUUUACAUUUAGCCUGGCACGUAGGACCUUCAGUUGUUGGGUGAAAUAAUGAAUACUCAUCUGUACUUCUUUAUAUUGAAGCCACUAUCAGAGAAGGCCUCUGUCAAGUUGGCAAGUGGAGGGGAUGGGGCUUUGGGAGUGGGCGGAG